AUGUUGGAAUUUUCCAACAUCAAGUGGUAUGGAGGAUUACUUCAGCUAUUCCCUUAUCGGGUUGACACUGAAUAUCAAAGAAUUAUUUCUGGAUGGGGGCUGAGAUAUAACGGGGAUAUAUAUAGUAGUGAUAGGCCAAUGAUAGCACAAACAAGUCUCUGUUAUGGUUAUAACAUACAAAAAUUUUCUGUUUACGCAGGCUGUGAAUUAUGGGAGCAGCCCAGUUGCAGGAAUCAUAAUGAGACAUUUGUUUUGAAAUCAGGGCAUUUUGCUAAUGGAGAUGGGUGCGAGCCAAUUGCAGAAUCUGCUUAUGAUAAUGAUGAUAAUGCAAGUCUUACUGAGAGUGACUGCAGAGAGAACUGCUGGAAGGACUGUGAAUGUGUAGGCUUUAGGAGUGGAUAUGAAUAUGGAUGUUCAUACUGGAAAGGGAAAAUUUUGACUUUUGUACAGAGUUACGAUGGUUCUGAACCUAAACAAUUCGUUCUUGUUUCAGAGGCUUCAAACAAAACAGAGUCUUCAACCAAAAGUAAGUUCAUAUCCUUUAAUCAAGAAUUUUUCACCAUAUGCAUCCAUAUCCAUACUUCAAUUCCUCUGUUUGGGGUUUAG